UGUUUACAAUCAAAUAAACGAAUGCAAUACACACAAUUUAUACAAACGAACAAUUUCCAUUUAUUUUAGUUAAUUCUAUGCAAAUUAGUAUAAUAUUUAUAUUGUAUAUAAUAUAUUAUUAACAAAAUGAUGUCAAAAUAUAUAUUACGUUCAACUUGUAUCGUUGGAAAAUAUAUGCAGAAUAAUUUGCCUGUAAUGCUAAGUGCUAUUUCGUAUCCUCAUAAUUCUUCAGAACAGAUCAGGCAUAUAAAUAAACAUUGGGAUCCUAAGUAUAAGAAGGAAAGGAAAGAAAAAUUUAUUAAAAUAGAUCUACCAAAUUUUCAUGAGACUGAUAAAAAAAAGGCUGCGGAAAGAAAGCGUUCGUUAUUAAAACAAUAUGGAAUAUAUCCUCAAAAGCAAUGGACGGAAAGACCAAUUUUUAUUAGUUGUUCUCCUAAUGCUUUUGACUCUUAUGUACCACCAGAAGGCGAUGGAAAAUUUUCUACAAUUACUAAGGCGGGAGCAAUGCAAAAAGUGACAGAUGUAACAAUGAAAGGAAAAUCAUUGAUGGCCAUUAGAAAAAUCAAAUCAUUUGAAGACACAUUUGUAUUAAAGAAUUUCCCUCAAGAAGCUUUAAAUAUCUAUAUUAAAGCGCACGAAGCCUUAGCAGCAAAAGAUAUGAACGCUUUGAUAGAAUACGUUACAGAGAGUGCAUAUUCCAAAAUGUUGCAUAAUGUUAUGGAUAAAAAUAUUCGUUGGAAGUAUGUGGAAUCAUUAGAACCGCCUCGUAUUGUACAUGCAAGAUGUCAAAAUCUAAUUACAAAGGAUAAUCUAUUUGGACAAUUAACAAUCCGCAUUCAUAGCCAGCAGAUUUUAACCAUAUACGAUAGAUUUGGUCGUUUAUUAAAAGGAAGUGAAAUCUUAAAGAAAGAUGUUCUUGAAUAUAUCGUAUACGAAAAUCAUUUGGCAAAUCAAUAUGGAAAGUGGCGUCUUCAUGAAAAGAUUAUACCAUCUUGGAUGCCUCCAAGAGAAGUAGGAGAAAAAACAUAUAUUUUAUCACCGGAAACCGAAAAAGUUGUAACUCCUGAUCUACCAAAAAAAUCUACCGAUACUACGAAUGCUGCAGAAACUACUGCAAAUUAAUAUUAUAUUGAAUAUUAAUCGUAUCAUAAAAUAACAAUAAUUCGAAUCCUUUCUUUAAUAACGGUAUCAUCUAUUAAAUAGAUCGUUUGUACAUAUAUUAAAUAUACUCGUUAAAAUAA